AUGGCGGGCAUGGCUCCCCUGCGAGGCCUGCGCGCCUCCUAUGGACGCUUCCUCCGCGGAGGACGCAGCGGACGCCUCGGCCCGGACAGGCGGGCCUCCGGCACGGCGACGCCCCCUCGCAGUAACAAUGUCGUUCCAGAACCGUCCGAGAAGCGGCCCGCCGACUCCAGUCCGGAGCUGCUGCCCCCGGAGCACCCGGAGCACCCCGCCGACCGCGACCGCCCCUCCGAGGCCGCCGCUUGCGGAUGGAGUCUGCGCAGUCGGCGACACAGGGUGUCCGCGCGCCCCGUGAAGCGCCUCUUCACGCCAGACAUCAAGAAGAUGCUCAAGGGGUGGCUCGUGCGCCGCAGAGACAACCCCUACCCCAGCCGGGCCGAGAAGGAGGCGCUGGCCACGCGGACGGGCCUCACGUACAUGCAGGUCUGCAAUUGGUUCGCCAACUGGAGGCGCAAGCUUCGUGACUGCGGCCGGCCCGAGGACGGCGUCGAGGAGGGUGGCGACGACGGCCACCAGGACGGCGGGGAGGGGGGCUCGGGGAGCGAACCGUCCUGGGCGCACCUCAUCCGCCGGUACAACGCCAUCGCCGCCGCCGACGACGCGGCCAACGGGCAGGAGCACUUCUCCAUCUCCUCCAGCGACUCGAUCUGGGCCGCGGACACGGUGGCAGGCGCGUCGCGAACGGUGACGUCCCCGCCGAGCCCUCAGAAUGCGUUCGUGAGCUCCACGACCACCGACACCUUGACGGACACCGAGGUCGCCAAGAGCCCCCUGCGAGAUGCGCCGCAUGAUGAAGGCGGCACUGACGGCGCCCCCAAGGCCUUGCCCGCCGCCUCGGGGGCCAAGACGGGGCCCGAAGACGACGACCGCGCGGACAAGGCGGCCGCCCUCCUCGACGACGCGAGCGUGGCCCUGGACACGGCCUUGGACACGGCCUCCUCGGCGCGCUCGGGGUCCGCGCUGCUGCUCAGCAAGUGGCUGGAGAGCGCGGCGCGGUACCAGCCCAGCGCCUCGCCCGUCAACGCCAAGCACAGCCAGAAGCUGCCCGCCGGCUGGGGCAUCGCCAGCGCGGCCGUGGAGCACACACUGGAAGGGCGCCACAGGAAGGAGCUGGACGCGGCCGAGGCCCUCGCGUUCCUGUCGUCGCUUCACUUCCGGUAGCUGCCGUGGCUGAGGCCGUGGCGCGCGCAGGUCCAACGCGCUGACCUACUUUUAUUGGCUUGACUUGUGGAGGCAAAAAGCCGGCUGCCUCUCGAAAGAAAUAAAAAAUACGGCUCCUAUGUUUGUUCUUAAGUCUUUUGUAUUGUAAUUUUUUAAAUGUUUAGUUUUCUGACGUAGCAGAAGACGGAGGAAAUAGAGGAUGAGUCAUUCUAGUCCCGCCUGUAUUUUUGAGGUUUAA